ACACAACGCUGUUUAUUUCUCUUUUUUCUUCCCUUUCCUUCCCUUUCCUUCUCUCCCGUUCUUCGUUUGCGCUUUUUCCUGUUUCUUGGAUGUGGUCGCUCGUCAUCACCGCCGCGCUUCUUCUGGCAGCCGCGGGUCGUGGCAGCGCUGACACGUGCGUGGCGACUGCCGGCUUCAAUGCGCGGAUGAGCAGCCCGAUCAGCUUCUACAAUGUGGCUCUGACGACCUGCGCCGACAGCGUCGACCCGUGCCCCGCUGGCUAUACCUCGUGCGUGUACAAGGCACACAGUCCCCACGGCAUCGAGCAGUACACACUCUACUGCACGCACUGCGUGAACAUUACCAACCCUUGCUGCGAGGGCUCGGAGCGCCGGCCGUCGGAUGAGUACAGCGGGCUCUGUCCCCUGUGCGCGCCGGUUCUCGAGUACUGCCCCGAGUUCGUCGAGAACGGUCGGAUGGACGGCACCACACUCAUUUGCGACGCAGGCUACCAGUGCAACGGGGAAAACACCAACGGCAGCAACUCUUGCAUGUACGUGCAGUGCAGGCCGAACGGGACGAUCAAUCGCUCGUGUGUUCCCCGCCGCUGAUAUCCUCCGAGAGUCGGGCGCGGUUUGCCAGCUUGUUCCGCAAAGACCACAAACCCCUUUUUCGUUGUGGGGGCUUUCUACUUUGGCCGCAGUACUUGCCACUGUGUUCUUGCGUCAAGCUGUUGAAUCUCGUGUUGGAUUGGGCGGAACUGUCGAUUUCGGUGCAUCUGAGCGUUGCGGUGUUUGUACAGUGCUGCUAAAGUGACAAGAACUUUAUGAGCAAGAAUCAAUCAGCGUGAAUCAAGUUUGGAAAACACAGACGACGAAGCGCAAACGCAACCAAGGACUGUGCGGGUGGCAAUCCGCC